GAACGAUUACGGGAGCUCUCGACGAAUAGCGCGAUCGCGAUGAGGAAGCGGAUGGACGAGUUUACCGCCUCCGCGAUGGUCGCGUUCUCUCGCCUUGGAGGGCAGCUCAACCACGUUACUGGAUACAAUGAGAUCGACGAUUUGAAGAGGAGAGUAAGGGAACAAGAGGCGCGCAUCGAGGAAACUCGCAAGGCUGCUCGUGAAGCGAAGGCGGCAUACGACGACGCCGUCACGCGACGGGCGCAAUCUCAGAAAGACGUCAACGACCUAUUACAGAGGAAAUCCUCCUGGAAGGACGACGACGUCGCACGGUUUACGACGCUCGUUAGGGCGGAUCACCUACACGAGCAAGAGGAGAUGCGGGCGAAGGAAAACCUGGAUCGCGCGGACAUGGCCGUCGAGCGCGAGUUCAGCAUCCUCAUGCGCGCGAUCCUGGACCGGUACCACGAGGAGCAGGUGUGGUCCGACAAGAUCCGGAGCGCGUCCACGUACGGAUCGCUCGCGGCGCUCGGGCUCAACUUGUUCGUCUUCAUCACGGCCAUCAUCAUCGUCGAGCCGUGGAAGCGGCGGAGGCUUGCGCAGACGUUCGAGAAGAAGGUGGAGGAGAUGGGUAUGCAGACGCGCGCCAUGUUCGUGAGCGGGAUGAAGGAGCUCGAAGACCACCUGGAGGAGCAGGAGAAGCGGCUGGUGAAGGUC